AGAACCAACAUGGAACCAUAACACCCUAUGGGCUUUGGCCCCUCACAUUGUCCUAUUCUUUCAAAUCCACAGAAAAUAAAGAUAGUAGGGGCCAAUUUUCCUUCAUAAAUACCUUCAUCAUAUUCCAAACAUACCAAAAAAAUAAUAAAAAGUAGUCUAUUUCUUAUUACAUACCAAAAUCUCUCAACUUUCUACAAGAAAUACAUACCAAAAUGGCUAAGCUUCCACAAGUUGUACUAUUGAAGCAAAUUUUGAAAAAGUGUUCUAGUUUGAGCAAGAAGCAUGAAGUCCACUUUCCAAUUGACGUACCAAAAGGACAUUUUGCGGUUUACGUUGGAAAGAAUAGAACACGAUACAUCGUACCUAUUUCUUUCUUGACUAAUCCUGAGUUUCAAUGUCUCCUUCGUUGCGCUGAGGAAGAAUUUGGCUUUAAUCAUGACAUGGGAAUCACAAUUCCUUGUGAAGAAUUCAUUUUCCAAUCACUUACUUCCAUAUUGAGAUAGUUAACUAUUUGGAAACAAGAAAAAGUGUUCAUAGCUAAUUUUGGAGUGAAGAAAGAUGUUUGUUUGUUCAAGAUGAAGCAAGUUAAUCUUUUUUUGCUUCUCUUUUUUGUAACAUCAUUCUUUACUCUCUUUUUUUUGUGAGUUUCCUCUAACCCUGACCUAGGAAUCACUAUAUGGAUAUUAGUAAUGUUUUUUUUUUUAUUUCUAAUGGGGGGUUAGUUGGGAAUUUUUUCCUUGUAGUGGUGUUCUUAAGCACCCUAUGAGAGAAGUGAAUUCAAUGUUUCUUAAAUGUAUUUAAUUGUCAUUUUUGGAUACAUUUGUCUCUCAAAUUUUCUAUACUUCUAAUGCAUCUUAUCUAUUUUUUAA